AUGAACUAUCCUCGUGGUCCCCAACAACGAGCCCCAGGUCCGUCAACAAAUCAGGUUCCCAGACCUGGUUUCCAGGCACCCAGACCAGCAGGAUACCGUCCCCAGGGUCCUCCUCCGGGUCCCCAGGACCCAGCAAGAAUGCGUAGGAUGCAAGUUGAUAAGAUAAUUGCCGAUUGCUACUCAAAGGUGGUUCUCGAUAAGAAUGGAAAGCGAGUCACUGAAGCAUCAUAUCAAACCCACGUCAAUGUCCGCGAGUAUUCUGCAUUUCCCACGCAUCCUCCGCCACCUAAUCUUCCGCCCAGCCAAGUUGGAACGCCUAAAGACAGAAUCUUGACCAUCUGCACCCGCUAUACUGGACGAACGUUGAUCCAAAAAGGUAAACUCAACGACAGCAAAAAUGUGUAUCAACUUGGACGAACGUGGGAUAUGGACGAACUUAAAGCCAUUACUCGAGCCGGAGAAAGAGGCAUCAUCUUGUCCUUGAACAAAGACUAUUACUGGUUAAUUCCAGAGAGCGCCGAACGAGCGGUGAAAUUUGCUAGGCAUUUAGCGCAGGCCUAUGGAGCGUUUAUGGGUCGCUAUCCUGUGCUCAAUGGCUACACUUUGCAGGACUUGAAGCUUCCUCCCAUUCAAAAAAAACCGACUGGCGAUGCAGUGGCUCCGCACUCUGAAGAUAUCCAACUCAACGAGCCACGUCCAAAUCCACAACUAUUGAAAACGAGAUCAUUGAAAAGAAAAAACCUACCCAACCCGGUAUUGCCGCCUCAACCGCAAAAUGCGGACUCUCCACAAGCCAAUAACCUCUACACGGAUUUGGACUUUACUGCCAAUGGUAAUUUACCUUCCAAGCCCAUGAAGGUCAUGCUGGUAGAUAGACCUCUGGCCAACUCGUCAGUGACAAGUGUCAACGAUCUGGCCUCCUCUGAUUACAGACGCUUGCAACUGGACAGAAGUCAGCAUACAUUCUAUCUGGAUUUAAGCAAAGAGAACGUCGCUGAAUCAUCAAACUUAGACCAAGACCAUUCUGCUGCUCGAUCCCAUAAGUCAGACGACUCGGCUAAUGACUCCCACAGUUUUGUCUUCACACCGAACACAGCUUCUACACAAAAGGAGCCAUAUCUGCCAGAGAGGUUGCAAGACUACGUACGCACGUCUGGUGGAAGAAAUUCACCAUUGCGCAAUUACAAACACCGUGCUGAUUCAACAGAGCAGAAUGCUCGUAAAGUCUCGGAGAAUAUGGAGUCUUCAGCAGCCUUAGGAAUGCAGCUAGAAGAUAAACUUCUGGGAAAAUCCUCAUCUUCAAGGUCUCAUAGAAGGCAAAGUCUGCGUGGGCAUCAGCGACAAAGACUGGCUGUUCAACCCAACGAUUCGCCAGACUUUGGAAUUGAGGAGGUUGAAGAUGAUGAUAUCGACGAGCCUGCUCUUCAACUGAAGCGCAUCGAGCCAGAAAAAAAUGACGAUUUCAUAGAAGAGUCCACAAAACUUGGUGACGAUACUACAAAUGCAAUUGAUAGCUCGAUUCAAGAUAUUGAAGACUUCAUGGACUCUCAAUUGAACUUUGACGGCCAUCACGACCUGUUCAAUCGAACUGCAGAGAUCUCAAGGGAAUUGAAUUCAUCUACACUCGACGAAACUAUUGAAGAGACUAGCUAUUCCCAGGAAGAUAAUUCUACCGAAAACCAUCGUCCUUUAGAGUUAAAACUGAAAUCGAAAAUCGAUUCGGGUCUCAUGGGUGAGAAGGAUGCAGAGGUGGAGGAGAUCUUGGAUGAUAUUAAUUGGUCAACAUCAGACAAUGGCGAUAUCUUAAUCAAAAAGUUGUCACAUGAAUUGAGCGCACUCAAGUACAACAACGUGAAGCAGCUCGUGACUUUGGACUUUGGUCACAAUAGCAUAUCAAAGGAUAUGACCGAUUCUUUGAACGAGCUCUCAAACUUGUCAACCGUUUUCAAGCGCGCUGAGUUAGGUUUCAAGUUCCUUUCUCAUGAAAUCAACUCCAUCGAAAAUGACUCGAAGGGUUUACAAGUCAAAUCCAUAAACAAGAAGUUACUAUACAAUGACCUCAAAGGAGUAUUGAGUAAGAUUUCGAUCAACGCCGAUGAUCUUCGGGAUAUAGAAUCGUUCACGCAGUUUGAUCGGUUGAAUUUGCUCGAGCCCUUGGAAGAAAAGUUGCUUGAUUUGCAUUAUGCUUUGGGCGCUAUAAGAAAUGAUUUUGAAGAAGAUUCGAAGCCCACUGGCCUUGGUACAAUGAAAGCAUUGACCCAAUAUCAAAGCAAAUAUGAAUCUGUAACUACGAGGUUCACAAAGCAUUUCCUCAAGUUUAUGGAAAGCCAGUUUGACUUACUUUUUGAGCAGUUAAACAGUGCCAGUGACAAAUUCUACCCGAGCGCAAUUUAUCACGAGCUAAGCAACCAAUUGAUAUACUCCAGUUUUGUCUUUUUCUUGAAGGAUGUUUCGAUUUCUGACUUUUUGGAUUUGAAUGGCAUCUUUACAGAGAAAAUGAGCACUAUCUUAGAAAAGGUACUUAUUGGAAGGGUAAGAACGAUAAAAAACUCUUCAACUGGAGUUUCACAUGUUUCGAAAGUACUCGAACAGACGCUGACACGGAGAUCUCGAACACUUCGCUUGUCAGCGAGAAAGGAGCGCUUUUUGCACAAGCGGUCGCUGGCUGAAGGACUGCCUGAAUUUCACGUCGAUACCAUUUCAAACAAGAAUUCCUCUGAGGUGGAAGACCCCAGGGCUGUCAUCGAACUACUCAAUGAAACGAAAGAUUUGAUUACAGUACUCCAAUUCUUCCUUGCGAGCAUGUUUCAUUACGACAACAACGUCUUAGACUUUCAAGAUUUUAUGAAGCAAUUUCCAUUUUCUCAAAGACGAAGAGCAUUGGACAAUACGACAUUGGAUGAUGCAGUCACAAAAACGUUUACCAAUGAUUUAAUUGCAAAUUUGAACGGUGUAUUUGGAGGAUAUCUCAACGUCUUAUUGCAAAAAGUUAAUGUUGCCGACUUGACACUUCCAGUCAUACUUGCAUAUUUGGAGACUUACAUCUUGGAAAAUGAAGAAAACCACGAAAAUAUUUUCUGCGUGGAUGUAUUCAAAAAGAUCAGCGAAAAGUACAAGGGCAACUGGAAUAAGUUUGUCCGGACCCAAGUCGAAAUUAUAAACAAGUCCACCGUUGUGGCUGGAUGCGGUGUAUUACCUUCUAUGAAGAAUGCUGUACAACUUUUAUUGGUGGCCGAGUCAUCGCUUGAACAAACUUCCAGGGGUAUGAAUGAGCCUUCUGACACACUCACUCGUUCUCUACUCGAUGAUACCUACAAGCAGUUGACAGAGGCUAUUAUUCAUUUGUUCAUGAGGGACGAUCCUCUUUUGAAGAAGCAUGAAUUUGAUGAUAAGGAGAGAGAAUUAAGAAAUGUGAGCAUCCUUCAGAACUUGUUCUAUGUUACUGAGCAACUCUCUGUUUUCAACUUGAAGAGAGUCAAUUCCAUGAGAAGUCAGUUAGGAGGCAUUUUCAACAAAGUUCAGGACGUCUAUUUCCAAAAAAUUUUAUCCAAGUCAAUUGGAAAGUUGAUUGAAUUUGUUACCAACUAUGAGUCCUUGAGUAACAUGGGUGAUGGCAAAUCAAAGAAGUACAACAAAAAAUAUGUCAAAACCUUGUUAUCUGCAUACACCAAUAAGGAUGUAACGGCAAAAGCACAAGAGUUGCACAAGAAAUUGGAGAAGCAUUUCGUUACUGGUAAUGACAUGCUUGAAAAGGAUUUGCUUGAUAGGCUUUGGAAGGAUAUGGAGAGAAAGUUUGCCGACUAUUUCACCAGGUUAAACAACAUUCUUCGUCAUGAUUUUGACCGGGACAUUGAUUAUAACAUCUCAAAGCAAGACAUUCACUCCAUGUUUGCUUCCAUAUACUAA